CUCGUCACAUGUUCAGCUCUCAAGUAGACCAAGCCAAGAAAGAGCAGUGAGCAGUACAGUGCCAACCGAAAUCGAACGCCUAGACAGACAAUCGAAUACAGCAACUCACUAACAGUUAGACCAACCCGUACUCCUCCCCCGAAAACCGAAUAUAGCGCUAUUUAGCCAGGUGCAAGUGCUACUUCUAUCAGCCCUUUUCGCUGUCAAAUCAAACCCAAAAACCGAAAACCACAUUCUAGAAGCUUUUCGACAAGCUUCCGCCAACUGAUUGAAACGCGUGGUCCCCAAAAGCGAAGAAAAUAAGGCAAAAAGCAAGCGAAAAAAGUGAAAUUGAAAUUCAAAAUCAAAAAUCGAAAAGUUUGGGAGUACGUACGCGUGUGUUUGUGUGUGAGUGAGCGUUUCGCAGUGUGUGUGUGUGUGUGCAGUGCAACGGUAUAUUUCGAAAAGCAAAAGUAACGGUAGUCGAGCAAUUGGGGUGUCACUUGUCAGAAUUCGAGCAAAAAGAGAACCGAGAGUUUUGGUUUGUGUUACUUUGCCAUAGUAAUCCAAAAUCAAAACCAAAUACCGAAUAUACCGAUCGCCAUCCUGGCACGCCCGUUAAAUUUUGUGUGAGGGCGAUCUGCCAGCGGUUCGCCGGAACGUUCAACUCCACCCACACCCUGCUGCCCGUCGUCGAUAGCAUACCGAUAUCGAUAGCCGUUGCCCGAUACCGAUAGACCACGAUAGCCGCUAGCUGUGAUACAACUUUCCGAUAGACAAUUCAGCAAUCCUUUGCGGCCAUCCAUCCCACCACUGAGCGGAAAACCAGAGCUCUUUUACGUGGAUUUUGGAUUAUCAGUGACUAGGCACGACCUGUCCGAGAAUUGUUCAGGGGUAGCAAACGCCGAAAGACAAAAAGACGCAGUUGAGAAAAAGUGUUAGCAAGUGGGAAACAACAUUAAUGAAUUUCGUGAUUAAAAACAUUUCAAAAGGUGUACAACAAAAGCUCAUUUAAAAUAUAAAAAUAAAAAGAACGCAAGCGAAAUAUACAAAAUAUAAAAUCGCGGCGCGCCAACAACAAAACGUGGCACAAACACUGAAAACACAAAACAAAAAGCUCAACGAAAACGAGAGCGAAUGCGAAUGCGCGCGCGCGAGUGAGAUAGCAGUUAACUUGAGAGUGAGAAAGAGCGGUAAGCGAGAGAGAGAGAGCGACAACAACAAAACACAAGCGCAAGCAGAAGCCAAAAGCCAAUUGCGCACGGAACGUAGAAGAAGAGAGAACUAACGGAACUUUAAAAGCGCAGCACGGAUAACGGUUUAAAAGGGCCAACACCAAGAACCGAAACAGAGAGGCAUCGAAAAUGGUAAACAAGGUGAAUAGCAAGAAGGCGGACAAGGACAAGGAGAGGCAGCGAGAGGCAAUGUUGCCGGCGGCGGGCAACAACAGCAACAGCAACAUUGAGAACAGCAGCAACCUUAGCAACAUAAACAACAGUCAAAAACCCAUUAACAAAACAGUAAAUAACAAAGGUCAAAAUGCCAAGUCAAAUGGCGGCAACAAAAAGAAUGCAGGCAAAGGACAACAGCAGCAACAACAACAGCAGCCGCAGCAGCAACAGCAACGCAGCAGCAAAAAAGCCAAGCCACAGCGGCAACAGAUUUUCCUGCAAUCGCUGCCACGCGACAGCAGCAACUACAGGAGCAACACUUACAGGAGCAACAUCGUUUUAAGUAGCAACAGUAGCAGCAACAGUAACAGCAACAGCAACAAAAGUAGUGGCAAAAACAGUAGCAACAUUUUGGACACACCGGCAACAUCGGACAGUACAGUGGGCAAAAUAAACCCAGCUGAACUCCUCACAGCCGCCUUGGCUGUGCCCUGUGCCAAAUGCUCCAAGCCAUCGAUGAUCUCCAGUCUGACCACCGCUGUGACCGCCUCCGCAUCCUCCGUCUCCACCUCCUCCGCCUCCACAUCCUCCGUUUCCGCCUCCUCCUCGUCGUCGUCGUCAACCAGUUCCGGAUCGGAGACCGCCAGCAACUACAGCGAUCUCAACUAUCCGGAACCGGUUGCCUACUCCGGCAAGCAGUAUCGCAAAUCCAAAUCCUACAUGGGUGCUAGCCAGUACAAUGGCUCAACAAAUACCUAUCAAUCGGGUCGGGGGCCCAAUACCGCUGGCGGUGGUGGUGGCAAUCAUGGCAACCAUGUGGCCUACAGACGCUCCCACAGCGAUCGACGCAACUCGUUCGAUCGCACCUUCGCCGAAAGGAAUCGCGACUUUGUGCCCAUUGUGCCGCCAUCGCGUCCGGUCCUGUCCUCAUCCAACAUCGCCGGUGUCAUGGCCAGUUCCACCAAGCUGACGAUCAUAGAGCGGUUCGGCAAAGGUCGUGUCGCGUAUCCCAUAAUGCAGUGCGGGACACUAGACGGUGCCGAACCGUUAUAUCAUCAGCAGCGCAGCAACAGAAUGGACGUCUACCAGAUCGACGAUGGAUUCCACUCGGACGGCGGCACCGAGACACCGCCGCCGUCUCCCAGUUCCGGGUCAUCGAUCGCCUCGACAUCGGACCAUGGAUCGCUGGAGAGCGUCGACACCGGGGGGACGCAGCGGCUGGCCGUGCUAUCGUUCGAGCAGGUGAGCAAGCUGCACGACGUCAUGGACGAAAAGGUGGCCAUCCACGGACGCGGCAACUUUCCCACGCUGGAGGUGACGCUGAAGGAUCUGGUCAAUCUGGUGCGCCGGAAGCUGGAGGCCGAGGUGAACGCCGGCGGCGCCGGGGUGUUAGUUAAGGACAUCCGUCUCAAUGGCGGGGCAGCUAGUCAUGUUUUAGCCAGCGAGGAUCAGCCGUACAAUGACCUGGACCUGAUAUUCGCCAUCGAGUUGAGUUCGCCGCGGGUCUUCGAUCGUGUCAAGGUGGCGGUGCUCAAUACUCUGCUGGAUUUGAUGCCCGAGGGCGUCUGCAAGCGCCGCAUCUUCACGUGCUCCCUGAAGGAAGCCUAUGUGGGCAAGAUGGUGAAGGUGAACAAUAACAAUGACGGCGAUCGCUGGUCGCUCAUCUCGCUGGGCAAUUCGCCGGGACACAAGAAUGUGGAGCUAAAGUUUGUCGAUUCGAUGAGGCGACAGUUUGAGUUCUCUGUGGACUCGUUCCAAAUUGUACUCGACUCACUGCUGCUCUUCUACGACUGCGCCGCUCUGCCCAUCUCGGAGAACUUCUAUCCGACGGUGGUCGGGGAGUCGGUCUACGGGGACUUCCAGGAGGCACUCUACCACUUGCAAAAGAAACUGAUCUCAACGCGUCAGCCGGAGGAGAUUCGAGGCGGCGGCCUGCUCAAGUACUGCAAUCUAUUGGUGCGCAAUUACAAGGCCGUCGACUCGCAGCUCAUCAAGACCCUGGAGCGUUACAUGUGCUCGCGAUUCUUCAUCGAUUUCCCGGACAUCAAUACGCAGACCACCAAGCUGGAGGCCUAUUUGCGUAACCAUUUCUGGGGCGUCGAUGAGGAACCGCUGCAGUAUCAGUACCUGAUGCAUUUACGCGAGGUGGUCGAGAUGUCGACGGUAUGUCUAAUGGGCCACGAGCGGCGCCAGACGCUGCACCUUAUCCAAUCGCUGGCCGCCCAGGUGCUCUUCAACAAGCAGGAGAAGCAACAGCAAGAGCAGUACCAACAGCAACAGCAGCAGCAUCAUCAACAGCAGCAACAGCAACACCAGCAGCAGCAGCAACAUCAACACCAACAGCAGCAACGUCAGCAUCAGUUCCUGGACCCAGCGCAGCAGCAGCAGCAACAACAGCAGCAGCAACUGCAGACACAGACGCAACAGCAACAGUCGCAGCAGGCGGGCACCCUGACCCUGGUCUCGCAGGCACCGCCCACAGGCCAGGCGCAGGCCAUCUAUGUGCAACAGGCCGCCCCGACCGCCGUGUGCUGCACGAGCAGCGCGGAUCAGACGGCGACAGGAGCACCACAGGCCAUACAGAUACAGACCGGACCGCCGGGACUCAUCUACGCCAACGGCGUCUACUAUGCACCUGUGAUCCCCAGCACCAUCUGCACGUGCAACUCCACCUGGCUGAGCACGUGAUUGGGGCAGCAGGAGCAGCAACAGCAACAGCAGGA